CAACUUUGUAAUGAAUUUCGUUUUCUCCAUGUUGGGGACAGAUUAUCGGGACUGGUAGGGAAUUGUUGAUCGAUCAUGAAAGUAUUAAAGAGCCGUGGGUCUGCUCCUCAAAGCAACUUUCCAUCAUCCAGAAUACAAUUAGCAUUACAACACAAUACAAUAGAAAAGCAUCUUCGAUACUCAGCAUUUGAAUUCUUUCAGCUUUACAAUAAAUAAACAUCAACUCAAAAACAUCUUUACACCAACAAUCACAACCUCAUCCAAAAUGAGCAGCCAAGUUACCUUUGACGUCUACCGCGGAGCUGAGGGCGAUACCCCCGUUCGCAAGACUGUUAACAGACAACUCCGCCCCAACGAUGUCUUCAUCGAGAUGACACACUCUGGUGUUUGCGGCACAGAUCUUCACUUCAGACACGCCGAUAUCACUCUUGGACAUGAGGGUAUCGGAAGAGUCAAGGAGCUCGGCCCCAAUGUCACCGGCUUCAAGGUUGGCGAUGUCGUUGGAUUUGGAUACAUCCGCCAAGUUUGCGGUAACUGCAUGGAGUGCCUGACUGGCUGGGACCAGUACUGCGCCAACGCCGUCGCUUACGGCAACGCUGAUACCGACACCGGCAGCUUCUCCCACGGCGCUGUUGUUGACGCCCGAUGCGUCUUCCAGAUCCCCGACGAAAUCGACCCCGCCGAUGCUGCUCCCCUGAUGUGCGGCGGUGCUACUGUUUGGACUGUUCUCGACCAGUAUGGCAUCAAGCCCACUGACCGAGUUGCCGUUAUGGGCAUUGGCGGUCUCGGCCACAUUGCCAUCAAGAUGGCUGCCGCCAUGGGCUGCCACGUUGUCGUUCUCUCCAGCAGCGAGUCUAAGCGCGAGGAGGCCAUGAAGUAUGGUGCCAAGGAGUUCCACGUUUUCCGCCAGGGCGAGAAGUUUGAGGGCAAGAUGGAGCCCAUCAACCACCUUCUCCUCUGUGGAAGUGCCCAGGUUGACUACGAGGCUCUCGUCCCUCUGAUGGCCCCCAACAGCUCCAUCUACCCCCUCACUGUCGACUUCAACCCUUCCAAGAUCACCAUGUUCUACGUUGCCCUCAAGGGUAUCCGCAUCCAGGGCUCAGUUGUUGUUUCUACUUCUGAGAUGCGCAAGAUGCUCAAGUUCUGCGCUCGGCACAAGAUCACUCCCCAGAUCGAGAAGUUCCCUCUCAACGAGACUGGCAUGAGCGAUGCCAUGCGCAGACUGACUGAGGGCAAUGUCCGAUACCGCGCUGUUCUGGUUGCCCAGAACUAGAGAGACGAUUGAUUGGUGGAUAUGAAGGGGCAACAGACCACGAAAUAUGCACUCUUCUAGUAAUGAUGUAAUGAAAAACUUAGUCAAGCGGAGGAUCCCUGGGAUAGACUAGAUUGGGGUUAGAUAUUAGACUCUUGUUGGGUAUAGACAUUUAGGCGAUCAAUAGAAACUUUAGA